UGGCCACGAGUAGUAAAUCCAAUAUUGACAAUUGAAGACAAUGACUGUCUAUUUGAGUAUGAUUGCCCGUCAACUAUCGUGUCGAAGGUGCUCCGCAACCAUGUAAGUAACCCGAUAAGGGAAUGCAUUUGCGUGAUAGAUGUGUUGAAAUGGGAACUGAUGAGUUAUCUCAUAGGGGAGAGAAACCGAGAGUAUUGGUCUGAAGAGCGAUGGGGAUUGGAGCCACUGGUUUCAGUUAUUUUAUCUCCAUGGAUAAGAAUACAUUCGGGUAUGGCACAGGGAACUCACACGACGGCUCAAGAGUCAAAUCUUUGCAGAAAACCUUUUGGAACAACCAUCGAAACACCAGGAGCGAUCUGGCUACCACAUACUGUAAAUUUCACAUACAAGCAACGCACCUUCGUAUCUCUGAUGGCUGACGCUGAACACCCCCAAGACUCUGCGGUGCCGUGGGGCCAGCAUUCACAGCACUCGAACAUGUCCAACUGAUCUGUACUACCUCCCCUUUUCUCUAUUUCGUUGGCAAAGGAUUACCAAGGCCUUCCAUCUCUAAGCUGAAAUCUGCAGGGCCUUCACCAAGAGCCACGAAGGCGGCUGCGCGACCUACCUCAUGCACGGCAACUCACUCCGGAUGUACACCUCAGCCAUGUCAUGGGAUCACCAGAGCUGGACCUCGGCGAAUAGCCUCGCAAUUUCAUCCACCUAUAUUGAAACUUCGAAGCUUACUGCCGCGGUCAUAUUCGGAUGUUCAGAACAGCAAAUAGCCAGGGUUGAGGAGCUGCUUGCAUCAUGUCCGGAGGUCAAGUCACAUCCCCUGCUUACGGUCGGGAUAUUUGCGGGACUACACAAGGAUAGGAUCAAGGAGAUUGUCAAGAAGGCGAUUUAUGAGUGCACUGCAGCUAUUACAGAUCUGAAGCUGGAUCGUGAUGCGCCUCCGUUGGUGAAGCGAGACUUCAAGCUGAACAGGAAGCUGAGAAACUGGCGGCUGAAGACGAAGAUGGCGGAGGAGGAGGCCAGAACUACCAAGGGUUUGCUCCAGAAGAUGAUAACGCAGGUUGAGGAGGAGCAGCAGCUGCAAUCCUUCCAAUACGACGGCGAGUUUGCCACGAGCACGCGGAGAUUUAAACAACGGUUUACGGAGAUUGAGAUUGAGUUGGACGCCCUGAUGGCUAGGUGCCGGAUAAUGUUUGACGACAUGACUUAUUCGAGGAGCUGUUUAUGA